UGAUCGGAAGAGGGCCCCGCAGGAGGAUGUGCGGCAGAGAGCAGAGGCGGGCGGAGCCUGGCGGGAUAGGAGGCACAGCUGAGAGAAGGGGGCGCGCGAGGUAUGCAGGGUGCCGGAUGGAGAGCAGGGAGCACCAGGGUGGGUGAGCAGAGACGUGCAACCUACAGGCUGUGAGGAGGGGGCAGCCGAAAAGGGGAAUCGAGCGAGCGGGCCUAGCAGGUGCGCGCACCCUGGGAGAAAGGACAGAAGGCUGCGGCAGGGGGUGGGGGGUGGCAAAGGCUACCUGAAGGUGAAGCCCCACAGCCUUAGGCCAGAGGAGACUGUAGCUAUCUGACCGGCCUGGUAUUUUCCCGACUUAGCACCUUUGCGCUUGCUGGUGACUUCUACUUGGUUCCUGUCCACUGAAAAAAAUCGCACGUGUGAGAGCUGUGUGAGUUCAGUUUUCUUUGGGGACUUAACUGAGGACCAUAGCCCUGGAGACAGCCGCUCAGACAGCUCAGCUCUGAGGAGCUGCUUCUGCUUGAAAGAGAUCAGAAAACUGAGGGUCAAAGAGACUUGGUAACUUGCUGAAGAUCACACAGCUAAUAAACAGCAGACCCAGGACUGGAACUUGGUCCGUCUGAUCCCGAAUUCUGUGUCUGCUGCUACAUUACACCUCCGCUCCUAACUAUGGUUUAACUCGGGCUUCAUUGCCUCCAAUUCUUGACAUAUGAUUAAGAGUAAAUCCAGGGGCUCAACUCAACCUAAAGUAGUUUCUUGCUUAAGCAACAGAAAAUGGAAUAUUGUGUCAAGUGCUAGCAGAGCCCCUGACCAACAGUAGCUACAGUGCUGGGCAUCUUCCCUCCCUCUCCUCCUCAGGGCUUCUCAGUGGUCCAUUGUGAAAUAUACAAGCCUGUCUUAUGUAUGUCAUAGACGACUGUAGCUCCCAACCUCACAAUAGUGCAGCUUGCUGGGUGCCCAGAGCCCCUCCCAAGCCCUCCUGCCUGCUCAGUUAUUUCUUCCCUACUCAAGGGUAGAGAUGUGUGAGUAAGCAGAGGCCUUAGCCAUUUUUAAACACCAAUCUGCCAAGCUCCUCUCAGGCCUGAUGACCCCCAAGACCUAUUUACUGACCUAAGACAGCUGGAGAGCUUUAGAAAAAAGUCCACCUGAAUGGAAGAGCUAUUGAUUUGUAAAAUAGUGUGACCCUGUUUGACCUUCUCCAAGCCCACCAGGAUGGAAACCGAAUACCUGAAGAGGUGCUUUGGAAAUUGCCUGGCCCAGGCACUGGCAGAGGUGGCGAAGGUUCAGCCCAGUGACCCCAUAGAGUACCUGGCACACUGGCUUUAUCAUUACAGGAAGACGGCACUAGCAAAAGGAAAGGAUAAGCAAGAGAAGAUCCAGCUGCAGGAAGAAUAUGAAAAUAGCCUCAAAGAAGCCAGAAUGACAGAAAUGCUGAAGCAAGAAGAGUGUGAGAUUCAGCAGAAGUUUGAAAAAUGUCAACAGCCACUGAUAUCUGUAGCGAAUUCCACAAAGAAGACUGUAUUCAUGCAAGAGAACACAAAACUCCUUGAGAAGGAAGCCUUGAAGCAGGAAUCCCUGCCAGGAACUUCCAGUAUGAUUCCAGGAAUGCCUCAACAGAUUCCUUCUUCAGAGCCAUCCAUCCAGGUUGACUGGAACAUUGAAACUCCACAAGAAAUAAAUUACCAGGCUUUUCAGCAUGAAAUUGCCCCUGAAAUGCAUCCUGGCUCCAAAUCUCCUCCCUAGGUUAUAGGAGGAGAUGGAUGUUUCUAAUGAUGCUUCUCUCAAAGCUGCAAGCUGAGAAAAUGGCCAGUUAGAAAAGCUCUUACUUGAAGAUGAUUAACUAUGUAGAUUAAAUGAAGAUAUGAAAGGCUGUAGAAGGAGGUGCCUGCAGGGACUCUCCAGCCCAAGUCCUGUCCUGAUAGCCAUGAA